AUGGCUGCCGACUCGCUGUUGAAUCUGGCUGGUGUGCCUCCAAAGGAUGUGACAUGGGAAGAUGCCAAGGCCCUGACCGUUCGCUUGGGCGAGCUGGGUCGGUUGAAGCGGCCUGAUUUGGUCCAGCAGCUGCUGAUUGGGAUGGCCGCUGAAGGGAUGGAGAUCAACAUCUUCCACUGCAGCUCUGCUGCUUCCGCCUAUGAAAAGAACAGCCAUUGGCCUCGCGCCUUGCUGUUGCUGUCAGGGAUGUCUAGGAUGCAACUCGAGGCCAAUGAAUACACACAAAGUGUCUUGCAUACGGCGUCUGCACAGGCAAGCCUUUGGCAACUAGCACUGGAGAGCACCAGCACGGUGUCAAACGUGGGAGAUAGUUGCCCCUCUGUGGUAGCUGCAUGUUGUUCUGGCGUUGGAAGCUGGGAAUUUGUGUUCCUCACGCUCUCGGAGUUGAGUCAUUUCAGCAUCAGAGUCUCAACUUCUGUGCCCCUGUUGCUUUGCAGUGCUGCCAUUUCAACCUUGGGCACCAGGCAUGACACAUGGAACUCAUCUUCUGAGCAGAACCUAGGCACAACCCCGUGGGUCGCUUCGUUGCUGCUGCUGCAACAUUUGCAGGACCUGCGCAGCAGCCCUGACAUUGUCGCUGUAGGUGCUGCCAGUAGCGUCUGCGAGAAGGGGGAGCAGUGGCGCUGGGCACAAGAAAUCUUGGGAUGGAGCGUGCGCUGGCAGAAGCUUCGUCCCAACUUGAUCACUUCCAACAGUUUGAUCAGCGCCUGUCAAAAGUCGUCCCUGUGGCCAGUUGCUCUCCACCAUCUCCAUGAAGCUGCCGCAGCUUCCAUUGCACCUGACACGCUGAGUUUCAAUGCAGCCAUCAGCGCAUGUCGAAGGACUUGGAGAUUGGCGCUGCAGUAUCUGAAGCUGAUGAAGAUCUGCGGGACUCAAUGGAGCAACAUUAGUUACAACUCGGGAAUCUCGAGUGAACUGCAAUGGCUGCGAUCGCUUGGAAUGAUGGAAUCCAUGAGGGCUACACAAGUUCAGACAUCCAGAGUCACCUACAACGCGAUUCUCGAUGCCAUGGAGAAGGGUUCCAUGUGGCAAUCUGGAGCUGCGAUGUUUGCAACUCUGGGGACGAUCCAACCUGACGUAGUCACCUACGCUUCCAGCAUCAACAGCUAUGUGCAAGUGGACGCAUGGGCAGCGGUUCUGGAGUUGCUGACCUCCAUGGGAUCUUCCCACUGCACUGCGAACACCGUGACGACGACCUCCGCCAUUUGUGCCUGCACGGAGCGCUCGGAGCGCUCGGAGCACCGCUGGCCGCUGGCGACCUCGCUGUUCCGGCGGCUGCUGGCGGGGAAUCUGAGACCAAAUGAGUUGAGCAGCAGCAGUUUGUUGGCCACGAUGGAAGUUUGGUGGCAGUCAUUGGGGUCCCUCACCUGGAUGCACCAACUUGGCAUCAAUGGCCUACCCUUCAAUGCGGCUGCUGCCGGCUGUGCUUUGCAAUACCAGUGGCCAAGAUGUCUUCACCUUGCAUCGAUGGAAAAUUUGCUAGAUGUGGUCAGCUCAAAUGCUCUAGCGGCAGUGUGCCAUAGGAUUCACCAUCCACACUUGGCAGCUACUCUGAUGGGGCCUCUCCAGAUGGCUGCCCUGAAAACGUUGAGCAGGCACAAAAAGAGGCAAAGUAUGAAUUCACGAUAA